CGGGUUACCCGUCCGGGUUCGAUUAAUAACACCUCGGGUUCGGAUAUUUUUUGUACCACCCUACAAAACCCGUUCGGGUAUUUUUACGUUUCGGGUCGGAUAACGGGUCGGGUUUUUCGGUUCGGGUUUGGUUCGGAUUUCGGGUUCCGGAUUUUAUGUCCAGGCCUAGUUGAUGAUAUAAAGUAACCAUGGUUAAAUCCAAGAACCUGAAAGGUUGAGAUAGAAUAAACUGGGUUAUCAUCAACAUCUAAAUUAAUAACUUUUCUUUUAGAAACAUGGUCUAUUCUAUUAGUUCGCAGGGAGAUUAUGUGUAUCAUUAUAAAAAAAAAAUUGCAAAGGAAGUACAGUUGAUGAUAUAAAGUAACCAUGGUUAAAUCCAAGAACCUGAAAGGCUGGGAUAGAAUAAACUGGGUUGACUAACCAUAGUUAAGGCUUCUCUGGUUACAGAUGUUGGAAGCUCUUUGAUGUGCUUAACUAUUUAUAAAAAGACAAUGGAAAAAGCUCUCAAACCAACCCCAUCUCUCACUUUUCAGAUUCUCAUAAACACCACACUACCUUUCACCAGAGGAAAACACACACAAAGGGUAUUAAGGAAAAUUGUAUCUUUCAAUCAGUGACCAUCAUCCCCUUUCAUACCUUGACUCCAGAUCACAUCCCCUUGAGAAGAACAAAGAUCUAAAGAUAAAUUACAUAUAGGUUGAAAACAUCUAAAGAGUUGAAAGAUGGGUCUAUCAAGCCUUCCUGGCCCAUCAGAAGGAAUGCUAUGCAUUAUAUUAGUCAACACAGCAUUAUCAAUCUCCAUCUUCAAAGGCAUCGUCAGAUCAGUGCUUUACCUAGUAGGAAUCCGUCUCUCUCCUUCUUCAGUGGCUGCAUCUUCAGAGAUUCCAACUUCCGAGACUUUCGAUUUCCGGAUCUGCCAGCCUGAGAGUUUCCUUGAGGAAUUCAGGAACAGGACUCCAACGCUGAAGUACGAGAGCUUGUGCAGGUGCAAGAAACAGGAGGACAGCGAGUGUUCAGUGUGCCUGUCGAAAUUCGAAGAGGAUUCAGAGGUCAACAAGCUAAAAUGUGGACAUUUGUUUCACAAAACAUGCUUGGAGAAAUGGAUAGACUAUUGGAGCAUCACUUGCCCCUUGUGUAGGACUCCUCUUGUUGCUGUGGCAGUAGAAGACCAGCAGGUUUCUUCUUAUGUUUGGUGACUACUUUUCUUUGUAUAGAGGUUGUUUUUUUUUGUUGGGUUUGGGUGUGUUUGUUGAAAUUAGGCUGCGUCACGGUUGAUUCUUCAGCAGAUUUAGACCGGGGAUGGGGUAUUCUCAUGUACAUACAUAUCAUGUGAAUUAUAUAUGUUAUACACGUGCAGUGGAAGCUCUUGUUUGAACA